AUAACUUAUAACAUCGCGCGACUUUGACUUUCAUUUCAACUCUCAAAUAACUCCUGGCCAUCUAAUGCACUGUAAAUAAAUAAAUAAAUAAUAAAUUCUGCUACUCAUCAGUAGCUUGUAGUUCUUCUUAAACUUUAACAAUUUUACUGUUUUCUUUGGCGUUGCUUUGAUAAUCGCACGAACAUCAAAGCUAAAUUGAAUACAUUUAUUAUUACAGGUAAAUCAUUUUUUUUUUUGCGUUUCUAUAUAAAAUAUUAAAUUUAAAUGUAUAAGUUUAAGUCUAAAGUCUAAUUUAUUAUAAUAUUAUAGUAUAUUCUAUAUAAGUAAUUUUAAGUCUAUUAAUGCUAUACUAUAACUAGUCCUGUAAAAGUGUAACACGUCAUAAGUCGAUAAUAAAGUAAGUAGUAUAUUAAAUUAAAUAGUCUGAGAUCUAAAAUGUAAUUGACAGUCUGUCUCUCAGUCAGUCACACUACACUUUUUCAAGGCAAGAGGGUUGUGAGUCAGAAGUCAGAGUGACAAUCAUCAAUGAAUCAAUGCUAAUACUAAUACUGACACUCAGUGUCAAUUUUUGUUAUUGUUAGAUUUCAUUUGAUAUUCACACUGAUCCUGACACUGAUUGUGUGAAUGUAUGAAUAAUGAAACAACUUAGGGGCCAUCCAUAAAUGACGUCACACAAAUUUUGCUUAUUUUUUACCCCCAUCAUCAUAAAUCGUCACAAAAAGGUAGACCCCCACUCAAAUAUAACGUCACAUUUCUCUGCACCCCCCCCCUAUAAAAAUUCCCAGUGUCCACUGCUGUCCUUGACAAACAUUCACCUCCUUUUGAUAUCAGAUUACUGCACCUGCGUCAGAAACAUUUCACUAGAGCAGUGGUUCUUAACCAGGAGUAAAAGUACCUUCCCACAGAUAUGUUAUUUUAGGUAGGGAAGGGUGGGGCAUUUACCCCCACCCCCUGAAUGUGCAGAUUUUAUUUAAAUUGCUAUGUACUGUGGUGCCUCCAGUAAUAGACAACUUAAAAAGCCGACCAAAUUUUGUUCCCACCCCCCCCCCCCCCCGAAAAAAUCCCAGAAAUGUAGCCCCUGCCUUCCCAGCCUUGGAAUGCGGAGGACCAGAAAAUUGUAUUUGCUGCCAUUGCUAGUUGUUGCUUUAAAAAAAAAUCAGUUUUGAUUCAGUUUGCUUAGCAGCAGCAAAUAUUUUUUCUGUUGAAUUUAGUUUGCGCAUUAAUUGUACUGGUAAUUUUUUUCCUUGUUUAUAAAAAGUUAAUUAAAGAAAGAAAACUUUGAUAACUAAAUUAUUUAAUUAUUUUCAUAUUUAAAGUUUUAUUACAAUAUAAUUUAUACGGUGUGUGUGGGGGAGGGGGAAUGUUUUCAACGGAGUUGGCCUGCAGGAGUGGGCCUACAGCGCUGCAAAAAGGUUAAGAAUCCCUGCCCUAGAGCAUUUACUAAGAUCACCACCCCUACCCCACCCCGGGGUCAACCAUUUUUUAGUCCAAUCCCACUUCAAAUGGUAGCCCUAAUUCCAUGACUCACGACUCCACAUUUUGACAUAACGUCUCUCGACUGUCAAAGUCACUACACCCUGAUUCUCCUCGUCUGUAACGGCCUAUAACUUGAUCAGAGACCAUUUUUCGGAACUCGCAUACCUGUGCUGAUUCUUUCAGUGAUCAUAGUUUAAAAAUAAAAUAAUUAUAAUUGUUGUUUAAAAGAAUAAUGUUAAAAAUGUCUGUGAUUUGGGACUAUUAAGUGCAAAUCUUUACUAUAAUAUUUCGCUUUUCGUGUGACGUUACAUUGCUCCAGCCCCUCCCUCCUGUUACACAUAAUCACAAAAAUAUGACCACCCCCCUUUUCAUGACGUCAUUUAUGGAUGGCCCCUUACAAGUACCACAUCCCUGUCACUAAGUUGACCAGAAUAUUAUAAUAUAUGCUUUCGACAAUGAUUAAAUCAUGAAGGUACCUAUUACCAAUGUUCCCGCUAAGGUUUGUUGGUUCGUGUGCAAAAUCAUAAAGUUGUGUGCAAAUUUUUACAGCAUCAAUUUUUUGUGCGCAAAAUUUUCAGCCUACAGACACAAACACACACUUAAGUGGAAAUUAGCUGUGCGUACCCAAAACUGCUGCGCGGCGUCUGCGAGAUUGCUGCGCAGCCGCACAGCUUAAAGGGAACAUUGCCUGUUACUGUAGAUUAUUAUUAUUAUUUUACAGUUUUUUAUGUAAUUUUUGGGGGAAAUGUAUUUGUAAUAAUGUAUUUGAAUAAAAAUCGAGUUUUUAAAAAAGAGAAGUUAUUUGAAGUGUGUGUUUAAAAAUUUUUUCAGAGUUUUCAUCGGCCUAAAAUGAUACAGUCAGAAUUUAUUGAUGACAAAGUUAACAAAAGCACAAUGACAAGUAGCUUGACAGAUUCAACACACCAUGAUGAUGCAUCAGUGUUUGCAGCAUCUCUUAUGGAGCAAGUAAACAAAGAAGACAUAGCUUCAAUGGUAUACAUUCAAAGAGAUAUGUAAGUAAAAAUGAGGCAAUAUAAUUGAAACACAUAUUUUGAAAUUAAAAAAAAAUUAAUUAUAUUCUCUUUGAUUUUCUACUGUAGGAAUAAGAGCACUAAUUAUUUUAUGUUUUAAACACCAGUUAUACAUUCUUAAAUAUUUUUUCUAACAGGUUAUCACGUUUUGAAAAGACAAAUGAAAUGUUGAUAAAUUUUAAUAUUCUGUCUUCGGGGCGUUAUGAAGCUACACUUAGAGACUUCCAGAAACACACUCAGCUCUUGUCUGAAAUGAAGAAAGAUUUGGAUACUGUUUUUAAGCGUAUCAGGUAUAAAAUAUUUUUGAUUCCAAUCAAAAUAUAUUUUAUUAUUAUUUUCUGUCAUAGCAUAAAGGAAGUAAAAGCAUACUUUUACAGAGAUUCCAGGUUAAUAACUUAUUUUGAAUUCUUGAUUAGGGGGUUAAAGUACUUAGUAGAUUUAGUUAAUAUAGCAUGCAUGAAAACAACAAUGAACUAUCAGGGCUUGAAUCUGAUUGUCUUGUUACAGCAAUGGGCCUAAGGGAACCCUUUUCCUUUUUUUUUAAAAUAGAUAUUCAAAAUAAUUACCUUGCAUUUGCUUAAAGCUAGAAUGACAAAAAUAAAACUUACACAUUAUAUACAAAUUAUUUUUUAAAAUUUAACUUUUUUUUUUCAAAUUUCAAGUUAUAAGCAUAUGUUGGAGUUUCCCCAAAUUAUAUGCCAUGAAAUAACCAAAAAAGAAAGAAAAUAGAAGGAAAAAAAAUGAAACUAUUUAUUUCUUACAGAGUACUCAAGCAAAGGCUUGAAAAAACAUACCCAGAGGCAUUUUCAGGUGAGCUGUCAACUAAUGCUUCAUCUAAUUCUUCAUGAAAAGAAAAAGUAAAUCUUAAUAAGACAAUGCAAUAUUGACUGUUAUAAAACUUUUUUUGGCAUGUUCUUCGUUGCAUAAAACACAUCUUUACUUAAGAUUUGAAUUACUAUAUCUGUUGUCCAGUAUGGGAUUUCAUUAAUAAUUGUUGCCACUGAAUAUUAUGUUUUAUUACGUGCGGUGUGUGUUUGAGAGAUUGCUAAGUUAGUUAACACUCUUCUUGCACUUGACAUGGUGACAUAUUUUUAUGCUCAUUAUGACAUAUUGUAUAGUCUGUUUUGUGACAUACAUUUUAUUCCUCUGUCAGACUUAAAAGGAACUUUGUGAAAGGAGGUUGUGUUUUAUUUCUCUCUGAUAGCGAGCUGCACUAUAUGUAUGUGUUUAUGGAAUUUACAGCCUGUGUAUAUGAUUAGAUAUUAGAGUUAAAUUUAUUGUGAUAAAGGAAUUGAGUGUUGAUUCAGUGCUAGUACGACGUUUUACAACGUGUGAAAGAACUUGAUGAAUUAACCAACCUAGUAGAAACAAGAGUUGAUGUAUUUAUUAUUUAAAUGCCUUAUGCAACACCAUACAGGGUCAAAAAGGUUAAUAAUCUGUCUUUUUUUCCCCUUUUCAUUUAACAUUAAAAACAUGAAACAGUUUACAGCUCAGUUGCCUUCAGUUUUUACAUUCAUAUAACGUAAUAACAUAUACUGUAACAUUCAGCUGAAAUCAUGCAAAAAUUAUUUAGGACUUGAAUCUUCAUAUUUUUUUUUUGUUGUUUUUGUUUGUAGGGAUUUUUAAAGCAACUAUCAUUUAAAAUCUUUUGACUCUUGCCAAAUAGCUCACAAUAUAAAUAUAUUACUUAGUUUAUAGUGUUUGAGAAUGGAAGUUUGAGAGAGACACAUUGGUAGGCUAUCAGACUACCAUAGCGAGGUGUGUUUAGCCUUCUGUUUUUAUUUUUGAUUCACAUUCCAACCCCCACAGCCACCUAUUUUUUUCAGGGUUUCUUUAGUCCUCAAUGCAUUAUAUAUCUUGCUUUCCAUGUGUGCUUUUUUCUUAAAGUGGUUAAACUUAUUUGCAGCCUGCAGCAGUGUUUACAAUCUAAUUUCUGAUGAGGAUGAGGAAGAUGACAGCAGUGAUGACAGUCUUGUCCCCAUUGAGUCCAUACAAAGACCAGGACAGACACCUGCCAAGAGUGGAGGCAUUCCUAUCUCUCAAUCACCACUACCCCCUUUAGUUACUGUUACAAACACUGGAUCUCCUACAACCCCAGAGGAUGAGGAGACAUAGACAAAAAAUCCUAUAUGUAAAUAAUAAUUAAUAAGAUAAUGUUAAAAGGAUGAAAAUAUGAUUUUAUUGACGUUUAUUUGCAAUAAUGAUCAUGUUAAAUUAAUUGAGUUAUUAAGUAAUAAUAUAAUGCUAUUAUAAUGCAAAAAAUUUUUUUUGUUUAAAUAAUGUGUGAAGUAUCUUUGUGAUCAUCGCAAGAACCCGUAUUUAUGAACAAAGUAAUUGUUAUGUUCUUAAAAUACAUAUUAUAUUGGUGAAGAGCAAUUAGUUCAUAGAUAGGAAAAUUUUAUUCCAGAGUAAACUCCCUUGCACCAUAGUCUGUUAAUAAUUGUUUGAAGUGUAGGCUUUUUAUUCAUACUUUAUAUUACUUUACAAGGCCUUUAAACGCAUGAGAGCAGCGAGAGCUUACCAUAUAAUUUGUGAUGCCAUAUGCUGUCUUGAUAAAUGGAUGUCAAAAUAUCUCAUUCUAAAACAUAAUUUAUUAUUAUUAAUCAAAAUAUUAAUUAAAUGUACGUAAGUGGAUAUAUAAAUUCAAAAUUGGAUUUAUGAUCAUAUUUUAAAUAUGUCUAGAUCAUUGUUGGGCAACUGUGGCUCUGGAGCCAAGCAACUCUUUCAAUUGAUGGAUGUGGCUCUUUCUUUGUACUAAUCUAUGAGCAUGUGGCUCCCAAAUUUAUUUUUCUCAGAAGAAUCAUAUAAUUCAUAAAAAUAGGCUCCUCACUCAAAAAAGUUGUUGGCCCCUGGUCUAAGUGUUUAGAGUUGAAAGGCUGUUGAUUUCUAAUGUUAAGUCUGAUCAAUGCAUUUGACUCUGUAAAAAGCUUUGUUUACAUGUUUUCUAUUUGUUGAGCUUUGUAUUUUAGUUCUGGUAUUGUCAGUUAUCUUUACUUUAUGCACAUAUUCUUGUGUAAACGAUGAGAGUGAUUUGACAGGCUUUGAUUUUUGAAGUUCAUUCUCAAUGAAAAAAAUCAGUUCAUUUUACAUUUAUUAAAAUCUAACUGAUAAAUACUUUUGAAUAGAUCACAGAUUCUUCAACUGUAUGCUGUUGUAACUAUCAGAGUGCCAUAAAUAUGUUGAAAUAUAUUUGUAUGUCAAUAUUUAUGAGUUAGAAAUCAACUGUAGGCCUGAAAUCAACUGUAGGCCUGAAAUCAACUGUAGACCUGAAAUCAACUGUAGGCCUGAAAUCAACUGCAACUGUAUACCUGAAAUCAACUGUAGGCCUGAAAUCAACUGUAGGCCUAAAAUCAAUGCCAGACCUACCAUAUUUAGCUUCUUGGUGUCAAUAUUUAAUUUUUCUUGGCCAGGAAUGAAAAUGUUUAUGACAACAUGCUUUUUUGGUCACUAUUCUUUAUAACUUUUGUUACUUUGAUGGUUUUAAAAUUGUUUCUGUCAGUUAAACAUAAACUAAUAAAACAAUGGAAACAAAUAAUUUUAGAAUAUUUAUUUAUCUUUCAUUCACCAAUUUCGUUUUACUUGCAGCAAAUCUGUGAACGUGCUUAAUCUAGCUGGCAACCAAUGAAAAACAUUUUGCACCUGAAAUAAUUGUUCUUGAUUUUUAAAAAAAAAUCUUUUUACCUUUCUUUUAUAAUCACUUGUGUGUAGGGCCUACUCACUAAGUCACUGAAGCUAUGUUAUGGUCAAGACUUCAAGUGCUCACUCUUGUAAUAUCUAAAGCUUUUGGCCUCUAAAAUUCAUGAGGUAAUAAUUAAACGGUAUUUAAAUACCCCUUUGAAAAGUUUGAAAUGUCGAAUAAUUAUAAAAUGAGUAAAUGAGGACAAAUUACUUAAAGGUUAUGAUCAGCAUUGGAUCACUAUACAUGAUAAAUAACGUUUUAUUCUAUGUGGAUUGGCAAAACACUGUCACAUCAUUUGUCUGUUAAAAGGUGGCAGACAGAAAAAUAUUUUAUUCAGUGUGUGAGGUGAGCUUGCUAAAAGAAAAGCCAUUGGCCAAAGAAAUGAAGAGUGGUUUGAUUGUGUCGCCAAAAAAUCUACCUCCCAAUUCACAAUGAUAGUUUGUGUCUUUUAAUCUCCUUGAGCUUGACCCUCCUCUAAUU